AUGCCAUAUGUGUAUAAGCGAAGUCCAGCUCUACAUAAUGAACUGCUGCUGAACACGCACCAUGUUUCGAUAAUAUCCAACUGCCAAGUAAAGAGAAGCAGACAACACCCGCAACAAAGUGAAAAGAGCGAGGAUGAUCCGUUUAGGGAAAGGAGUCAAAGUCAAAUACUACUGAAAAGGAGUAACAGCAGCAAUGUCAAAGUGCAACCUUGUAACCCUCGUUCCUUUAUCCGAAACCUGAACCUUUCAAAAGUACCCACAGGCUCAGUAGCACAAGAUCCCGCACCACAUGAUCAAAUCGCUCAACAGAAGAAGCUUGAUAGUAUUCACGAAACUUUGGUUUCUGCUCCGGAUUCCACAUCAGCAUCGGCAUCAACUUCACAGAUGAAUAACAAUACCUUAUCUACUAAACGAGACUCCAAGCCUCAUUUGCAAAACACGGAAUAUAUAAUGCGAGCUGCAGAAGAAGAAGACAACGACGAGGAUGACGAAGUUUCAUUGGAGGUUUUGGAAGAUAUGCAAAAGCUCGAAAACCAUUUCCCCAUACUAGCAACUGAUUACAGAUUAAUCGAUAAAAUUGGCGAGGGAACUUUUUCCACCGUGUAUAAAGCAGAGGCACUAAAUGGCCAAGUGCGCUUGAGCUCAGAUGUAUGGAGGUCUCCUCCAUUGAAAAAACACAAACCUGAGGCAAGUAAUGGCGCCAUUGCUAGUGCUGGUGCUAGUGCUGGUGCCGCUGUUUUAAGAAGACAAAAGAAAAAGAACCCGAUAGUAGCAUUGAAACAAAUUUACGUCACUUCUUCGCCCAAUAGAAUAUUCAACGAGCUAAACUUGCUCUACAUGCUCACGGGAAAUUCAAGAGUUGCUCCAUUACUUGAUGUUCUACGCCAUCAUGACCAAAUAUUGGCCAUUUUACCGUACUAUCACCAUUAUGAUUUCCGUGACUUUUAUCGCGACUUGCCCGUUAAGGGGAUCAAAAAAUACAUGUGGGAACUUUUUCUGGCUUUAGAUUAUGUUCACGACAAGGGAAUAAUUCAUCGGGACCUCAAGCCUACAAACUUUUUAUACGACCCAUUCAAGGGUAGAGGCGUUCUUGUUGAUUUUGGACUUGCUGAGAAGGAAAUAGUAUACCCAUCUUCGUCUCUGUUGAACCACCAAAGCUCCACCUCAGCUUGUCCUUGCUUGACAAAAGAAAAAAUCAUUGCUAAUAAAGCCAUCUCCAAGAGGCUCAAUGUUAAAGGCGCGUACCCAAAGUCCGAUAACCGGCCACCAAGAAGAGCUAAUAGGGCUGGGACAAGAGGAUUUAGAGCACCAGAAGUAUUAUUUAAAUGUACAAACCAGACAACUCAAAUAGAUGUUUGGUCAGCUGGUAUUAUAGGCCUAUCAAUGCUCAUGAGGAAAUUCCCAUUGUUCAACUCUCCAGAUGAUACAGACGCAAUUGUUGAGUUGGCUUUGAUAUUUGGCUACGACCGAUUAGUCAAAUGCGCCGAGUUUCAUGGAUGCGGCUUGGAAAUUUCCAUGGCAGAAGUGCACAAUGCCAAAGGAAAUCUCGUUAAGGUGCUCUACGAUUUUUUGAGAAAGGAAAUAGAUAACGAUAGUGUCCCUGAAGACAGUGUUAUUCACGAAACCAUGGCAUUGUUUAGCGCAAACGGUGAAAAAUUUGUUAAACCAGCACUUGAUGAAGAUAAAUUGUCUUUGGCUAGCGACGAUGAACGCAAUGAGUAUAUAAACAGAUUCAAACAACGUACCGAGAGUUUUAAAGAUCACAAACAACUUAUGGAAAUGCUCUACUCAUGUUUUAAGAUGGACCCAACGAAAAGGUCUACAGCAAAGGAAAUAUUGAAAUUGCCGUUUUUUCACGAAUUAUCCCACAUAAUAAGCGAUGAUGAAGACGACGUUAUAUUGCAGCAUUAA